AUGCCCUACACCAACAAGGACGUGGCCUUGGCCAUUAUUGACUUCUUGCAGACCUCCGUGCAAAAGAAGGACGUGCCUGAGGACUACGCCGAAUCGUUGGACGUCGCCAUCGACUGCAUUGGCGAUGCUUUUGGCGUCGACAAGCUGAAGGCGGCUAAGAUCAACGGCCAAUCGCUCGUUGACAUCGUCAACGGUGCUUCGUCGCCGUCGUCCUCGGCUGCUGCUACUAAGGAGAAGGCUGCUGCGGCUACUUCCACUGUCGACGAAGCCACUAAGGCCGAAGCCGACGCCCUCAAGGCUGAAGGCAACAAGGCGAUGGCUGCCCGCAACUUCUCGGAAGCCAUUGCCAAGUACACCCAGGCGAUCGAGCUUGACCCGUCCAACGUCGUCUACCUCCUGAACCGGGCGGCGGCGUUCUCGUCGCUGGGCCAGCACGACAUGGCCAUCACCGACGCCGAAAAGGCCAUCGAGCUCGACCCCAGCUUCUCCAAGGCCUACCUGAGAAUGGGGCUUGCUAAGUACGCUCUGGGUGACGCCAAGGGCGCCAUGGACGCCUACAAGAAGGGGCUCGACAUUGAGGGCGGCACCCCCAGUGAAGCGAUGCAAAAGGGCUACGAAACCGCCAAGAAGCGCGUCGAAGCCGACUUGGAAAAGUCCAUUGACACCACCCUGACCCCGGCCGCCGGUACCGGGGCUGCUGGCGCUGGUGGUAUGCCUGACUUCUCGUCGAUGUUCGGCGGCGGCAUGCCCUCGCUCGGCGAGAUGAUGAACAACCCCCAGGUGAUGCAAGCGGCGCAAGAGAUGAUGUCGAACCCGCAAGCGAUGCAGAACUUGUUGAGCAACCCUGCGGUCAAGCAGAUGGCCCAGCAAUUCGGGUUGGGCGGUGAAAACGGCCCCGACUUGUCGGGGUUGAUGAACAACCCGAUGUUGAGCUCGUUCAUGGGUGGUGCUGGCGGUGCUGGCGGUGCUGGCGGUGCCAACGGCGGUGCUUCCGACGCCUCGAAGAAGAACGAAGAGUAA